GAAAUCCAAAAGAGAAUAGCAGGGAUAAACACCAUUAAUUAUGGAUGUUUGGAAAACCAGAAAGGAGUAAUCUGAUUCAUGCCUCUCUCUUGCGAUUGGAAAUUUCGAAAGAGGUAAAAACACCAGAUUUCAGUACACGCAGUCACAUCGUUGUCAAAAGAAAAAUCUAAAGCAUGAUUUGAACGUGAAAACUACGAGUCCAUGUGAUGUGAAUGUGAGAGUUGGAAGCUCAGUCCACAACUACGCGCGUUGUCGGCUCAGUUUGUCAUCACAGCAUCAUUAUUCCCAACUACAACAACUUUCGCACAUUCAUAUUCUAAGCCGCUACCUAAAUUCCUUCCCCAAAUGAUGAGUAUUUCUUUGCGGUGAAGGAAGGGACGACACCGUUUCUAAGCAAUCCUCUGCAAAUUUUAAAUCUGUGCUUCUCUUCCUUCAGUUUGGCAAUUGGGAGCCGUUGAAUUACUGUCACCUGCUACUCAUCACGGGAGGGUUAUAUCUGCAUUUCUUUAAAUUUGGAAGAAAAAUGGACGGUGAUCUGAAUAAUCAUGAUGUUUCUCAUUCACAUGUAGAUGGUGAUGAAUGCAGGAUGGAGAUGGGGUUUGGCAACUAUGGCUGCUCGCAUUACCGGAGGAGGUGCAAGAUCAUAACACCUUGUUGCAAUGAGAUAUUUGAUUGCAGGCACUGCCACAAUGAUGCAAAGAAUUUGAUAGAAGUUGAUCCACUUGAACGCCAUGAUGUCCCGCGCCAUGAAGUAAAAAGGGUCAUCUGCUCAUUGUGUAAUACAGAACAAGAUACUCAACAAAUGUGUAUUUCUUGUGGCGUUUGCUUGGGGAAGUACUAUUGCUCAAAAUGCAAAUUCUUCGAUGAUGACGUUUCAAAGAAUCAGUAUCACUGCGAUAAAUGCGGAAUCUGCAGAACUGGUGGUGAAGAAAACUUUUUUCACUGUGAUAGAUGUGAGUGUUGCUACUCAAACUUGUUGAAAGAGUCGCACUCAUGCAUAGAGAAGGCCAUGCAUCACAACUGCCCCGUUUGCUUCGAGUAUAUUUUUGAUACAACCAAAGACAUCACUGUGCUCCCCUGCGGCCACACAAUUCAUCUCAACUGUGUAAAAGAGAUGGAAAGCCGUUUCCAGUAUACUUGCCCGCUUUGCUUGAAAUCGUAUUGUGAUAUGAACUGCGUCUGGGAAAAGCUCGAUGAAGAGAUUGCUUCGACACCUAUGCCUCAAAUCUACCAAAAUAAAAUGGUGUGGAUCCUCUGCAAUGACUGUGGUGAAACAUGUGAGGUGAACUAUCACAUUGUGGCUCACAAAUGCUUGAACUGCAAGUCUUACAACACGAGCCAGACGAGAGGAGGCCCCACGUCCUGCUCGUCUGGAGUAUCCGAGAUGAUCGGCCGGCCUUGAAGUCUAUCGACUGCAACGAAAGCUUUGUUGCUUGCAGCAGGAAGAUCCCAUUUAAUUUGUUCCUUCAUUCCUUGAUGAUUCCUUCCUUCUGUGAUUCUUAGCUUUAUCUAAUCUUCUCUAGGUUGAUGAUUCCUUCCUUCUAUGUAUUACUUUCACUUAUUCUGAUCAAUAUAAGAGUUUACACC